CAGUCAUGUGAUCCCCUCCCUUUUGUUAUGACAGCUAUCAAUAUUCCUGGACCCCCGGGACCACCUGGAACACCUGGACUACCUGGAUACUCCUCAGGGGUGACGGUGUUGAGGACGUAUGACACCAUGACAGCCACCGCCAGAAGACAGCCUGAGGGCUCUCUGGUCUACAUCAUAGAUCAAACUGAUCUCUACCUGAGGGUCCGGGGGGGCAUUCGUCAAGUCCAGCUUGGGGAUUACAUUGCUCUGCCCGUUGUAGAUGGUAACGAGGUUGCAGCUGUGGAGCCCCCACCUGUUGUCCCCUACUCCCCCCACCACACCGAAAACACCGACCCCUCCGUACACGACUCCCAAAGGCAACCUGAGAGCCCCGUCUACCCGGACCCUCACCACCCUACACACCAGGACCCUCACCACCCUACACACCAGGACCCUCACCACCCUACACACCAGGACCCUCACCACCCAACACACCAGGAUCCUCACCACCCGACACACCAGGACCCUCACCACCCUGCACACCAGGACCCUCGCCACCCUCACCAACCUACACACCAGGACCCUCACCAACCUACACACCAGGACCCUCACCACCCUCACCAACCUACACACCAGGACCCUCGCCACCCUACACACCAGGACCCUCACCACCCUACACGCCAGGAACCACAGUACCCGUCCAACCCUGAUCCCAGAUACCCCUCCCACCCUGACCCCAGAUAUCCCUCCAACCCUGACCCCCGGUAUCAGCCGGACCCUCGGUUCCCACCACCCACAGAUCCACGUUUCCCGAGUUACACAGACCGCCUGAACCAACCGGACGGGAGGGUUUCUGUCAACACGGCUCAGGAGCGCCCUGCGUACCCGGACUCCCGCUACGAGGACCCUCGCUACGCCGUCACUCCUCAGCGAAGACCCCCUCCUCGUGUGCCCCACACUCCAGUGCACCAUCAUACCUCAGGAGCAGGGCUCCACCUCAUCGCCCUGAACAGCCCCCACUCCGGCUCCAUGCGGGGGAUCCGCGGAGCAGACUACCAGUGCUUCACCCAGGCUCAGGCCAUCGGGAUGAAGGGAACUUUCCGGGCCUUCCUCUCCGCCAAACUGCAGGACCUGCACAGCAUCGUGCGCCGGAGCGACAGGGACCACCUGCCCAUAGUCAACCUGAAGGACGAGGUUCUGUAUGACAGCUGGGACGCCAUGUUUAAUGAGGGCAGGAUGAAGGACAACGUGCCGAUGUACUCCUUCGAUGGCAAAGACGUCCUCAACGACAGCACAUGGCCGGAGAAGAUGCUGUGGCACGGGUCGAACGCCGCGGGGAGGGGUCAGGUGGACAACAUCUGUGAGGGCUGGCGGGUGGGCGAGCGGGCGCUGAGCGGCACGGCUGCGGAGCUGCGGAGCGGCAACCUGCUGCAGCAGACCCCCAGCAGCUGCUCCGGCUCCUACGUGGUGCUGUGCAUCGAGAACAGCUACAUCGGCCAGGCCAAGAGAUAAACACACACACACACACACACACACACACACACACACACACACACACACACACACACACACACACACACA